AUGUCCGACAUCGAUGAUUACCUUCAAGAGGGCUUCGAUGCCCGCAGUGUGACCGUACCGCGCCUGCGAUCCAUCCUCGUCACGCAUAACGUGGAUUAUCCCUCUACGGCGAAGAAGAGUCAGUUAGUCGAGCUGGUCAAUGAUCACGUUUUGUCACAAGCGGCCAAGCUACGAGCGCAAAGAGCCAGAGCAAAACGAUCUAGCUUGGGCUUCGUCAAUGCCGGCAGUGCAGAGGACUCUAAUGUCUGGGACGAGCCCGAUACGCGCCCUCGCCAUUCGUCUGCUCGCAGGUCGAUGUCACCAAGGAAGAGCUCUGGUAGGGUUAAGGUCGAACCCGAGGUAGCGGAGUCCAACAUUCUUCGUAGCCCACGCAAGCGCAGCUCAAGAUCUGCCAGUCGGCAACUAUCACAUUUUGAUGAAGAUGAUGGCGCUGCAUCUGUAGCUUCAAAAUCGACGCGUCGAAGCAGCAGAAGGACUGUGACACCUCAAAUCAAGGAUGAGUCGGAGCCGGAGGAAGACUAUCCAUUGCAUUCAGAUCGGUCGAAUAUUCAUCCGGAAGAGGAGGAAGACGACGACGACGACGACGAACAUGACGAGUCUGUGUUUACAGACGAUAACCCUUUCCAAAGCGGAAGCUCGCCGCCGCCUGUAAUCACUCCAAGCAACCGACGACGCACUGUAGGGGAUGGUGCCACUCGAAGCGCGCAAUCCGCCAGAAGGCGGACGGAUGGCUUCACUGAUCGAAGCAAGAAGCCCAGAGCCUCGGAGAUUUCAGCGCCUAAGUUGCGGCAAAGAUCUCCUGAAUUCGCCUUGGAGCCUGGUGAGGAGUUUACCGCUGAUGAGCAGCUGGAAUUGGAAGAGGCUCAGAGCACCGGUGAAGUCGUCCCCGUUUCGCGCAAGAGCCGCGCACCAGCUCGCCAAACAAGCGUCCUGACACCCCUCUUCGUCCUUCUUAUGGCACUUCUUGGCGCUUAUGGCGCUUGGUAUCGACAGGAGAAGCUCGCUGUAGGAUACUGCGGCCUUGGCAGAGAGGCAAAGUCACUCCUCCCACCAGAAAUCACCGUUCCCGAUGCGGUGCUGCCUUUUGUCGAACCUCAAUGCGAGCCAUGCCCUCCGAAUGCAUAUUGUUCUGAGGGAUUCACUGUUACCUGUGACAAAGGAUUCAUCCAGAAGCCUCACCCACUGUCGUUUGGCGGGCUUGUCCCCCUUCCACCGACAUGUGAGCCUGACAGCGAGCAGGAACGCCGAGUUCAGGCCGUAGCUGACAAGGCCGUUGAGGAGCUUAGAGAACGCCGAGCCAAGUACGAGUGUGGUGACUUGGUUGAUGAAGCUGGACAACAGGAAAAUUCGCCUGCGAUUGCAGAGGAAGAGUUGAAAGAGGCCGUCAGCAAGAAGAGAAACAAAAGAUUGAGUGAUCAAGAGUUUGACGAUCUGUGGGACAAGGCUAUUGGCAAAGUCACGACUCGAGAUGAGAUUGAGGUUCAAGUCGACACAACAACCAAACCUACCGGUGCAUCCAAUCUUCCAGUCAGAAGGCUUUCGUCAACCUCUCUCGCUCGCCUUUCGCUCACCUGCGCCAUCAAGCGCUCAAUCUGGCUCGGACUGGCAAGAUAUCGACUCGCAAUUGGAUUUCUGAUCUUCUUAGCCCUCGGAAGUUUAAACGUACGUUCACGUUAUCGUCGCCAUGUUGCGACCUCUGCCCAGGUUCCAGCCCUGGUAGACUUGGUCUUGCAGCGACUGGCGGAUCAGCGGGAGCUUGGAGAAGAGGAUCUUGACGAUCCCUGGCUCUUCUUGCCGAACCUGAGAGAUGACGUUCUAAGGUCUAUUCACGCUCUCUCCGAGCGCGAGAGAAUCUGGCAAAGGGUUAGAGCCGUCGUAGAGCAGAAUAGCAACGUCCGCACAGGCCAAAGACAGGGCCGCAGCGGGGAAGUUGGGCGCGCUUGGGAGUGGAUUGGCCCUACCAAGGGCGAGGGUGCGAGAAGACGGCGUAGUGGGAGAGUUUCGUGGCUACCAGAGUCGAAAGAGGAGACGCCGGACUCCAAAGACAUGAUUGAGACGAGGAAAUGGGAAGAGUCGAGGCCGAUUUAUUAA